UGGAGGGCGCUGCCUAGUAUCAGCAAAGUCUUGGUAGAGGCGGUUCGGGUGUGGUACGUUGCACUCCCAUUCUCCAACCCGGAUUGCUGGGGUACUUCUUCGUUGCUGGAGUUUUGGGCGAGAGGCGAACAUGUCUGGUCGCGGAAAGCAGGGCGGCAAAGUGCGGGCAAAGGCCAAGUCACGGUCCUCCCGCGCGGGCCUGCAGUUCCCAGUGGGCCGAGUGCACAGACUGCUGCGCAAAGGUAAUUACGCGGAGCGAGUAGGCGCUGGGGCGCCGGUGUACCUGGCAGCCGUGUUGGAGUACCUGACGGCGGAGAUCCUGGAGUUGGCUGGCAACGCCGCUCGUGACAACAAGAAGACCAGGAUAAUCCCUCGCCACCUGCAACUCGCCAUCCGCAACGACGAGGAGCUAAACAAGCUGCUGGGGAAAGUGACCAUCGCUCAGGGCGGCGUCCUGCCCAACAUCCAGGCCGUGCUGCUGCCCAAGAAGACGGAGAGUCAGAAGGCGAAGAGCAAGUGACCCUGACGCCGCCACGGGGGAGCGGGCUUCCCCAGCAAGGGCUCUUUUCAUAGCUGCCCCGGAAUGUUUUUGAAUAUGCUCCAUGUCAUCGAGGGCCGGCUAGAUCUAGUGGGGAGGUGGGCGGCGAGGAGCCCGCCGGGGUCGGGAGCCAAUAAAGUCGAUGAAAAUCG